CAAAUAUGGUUAUAUUUUGCGUCAACAUGUGGAAAUACUUUGUUAUAUACUUAUUAUAAGUAGUUUAUCAAUUAUACUGGCUACGUACUGUUCACUCAAAAUGGCGGACAUAAAAUGUGUAUUGUUUAUUAUAAAUUUGAUCGCUCUCUGCAACGUCAGUGCGAAGCCUGGACUAUUCGAUUUUGUUGACCCAUUCUUAGAUAGUUCAGAAGAAAAUCCAACAACACCACCGAAUACAGAUUUAGAAGACUUGUCAGCAAUUAAGGAUUUAGCGGAAAAAAUAUUUAAAGGAUUAAUCGUAAGUCCAAUUAAAGGGGAGGAGAUUCCAAAAACACCCGAUUUCGAGAAGUUCUUGAAAGAUCUAAAUAAAUUAACAACGCCAGCGCCAGGCAGCAAAACUACUCCGAAACCCGACACAACUACGGCCAGUUCAGGUACAACUACGCCGAGUUCUGACACCACAACGGCGAGUUCUGACACAACUACGGCGAGUUCAGGUACUACUACUGCAAGUCCUGAAACUACUACUGCGAGUUCUGACACAACUACGGCAAGUUCAGCGACUACUACCCCGGGUUCAGUUUCUACUACCCCAUCUGGUAGUACAACUGAGUCUCCAGCGUCGACUACUCCAUCAUCACCGGGCAGUAAACCGAGCAAAAAACCAAAAUCAAAAUCGCCACUCGAUUCUUCCAUUGACGCCAUACUAAAUCCGUUUAAAAAAGUUGGCGAAGCCGUUGGGUCUUUCCUAUAAUAUUCGAACAAGAUAAUCACUUUACUAAUAUAAAAAAGGACCAAAAACCAGUCAAACAAGAGUAAUUUUUUGUUUAUAUAUUCUUUUUAAACAUAACAUUCGCGCCUGUUUACAGUGUUGCCUGUAUAUCGAUUAAAAACUUCCCACAUCAGGUUGGUUUUUCAAUAUAAAUUGAAGAUUAUUUUUAUGAUGUAAUAUAAUAAACAUAUAUACAUAUUAUAUACAAAUUAAUAUCAAAAUAGUAAUAUUUUUUAAUGAUUCUGACAACAAAUAUAUACUUAGUGCCAAUACAAUAUCAAUCAAAGUCGACAAAAACAUUAUGAAUUGUGAUUAUUUGUCAUGCUAACUAUACCCACUGCUAUUCUUUCAAAUAUAAGCUUAAGAAUUU